CUUCCCAAGCGGAAGUAAAUUACUACAUUUUAAUGACAGGCGUUUAAUUUGUUAUUUAGGGAUAUAGCUUACGAGUUGUAAACAGUUUAUUCAUCAAGGAAACUAACAAACGACGGUGUGCUCGAUUACGGAAGUACAUUACUGCAUUCAGGUUUUAGAAAUGUGGAAAUUUUUAGCAACAAUUUCACCUAAUGCUAGAAAGGAGAAUCCUUCAAAUAAGGUUGACGUGGCUUCAUGUAAGAUGAAUGUGAAGAUUAAAAUUGGAAAUUUGUCUGCUGAAGAGGCAGAUGUUUUGGUGAACAGUGCCAAUCAAACUCUGCAAUUAAAGACGGGGCGGAUAUCGAACUCCAUGCUGACAGUCGCAGGGCCAAAACUGCAACAGGAAUGUACCAGACGAUAUCCAAAUGGAAUUGCUUUCGGGGAAGUUGCAGUGACCAAAGGAUAUGGUUUAAAAUGCAAGAAUGUAUACCACGUGGCUGUACCUGUUUGGGAUGCGUUUUAUGUCGAGUCUUUACAGAUUUUGACGCAAAUUCUUCACUCGUGCCUUCAGCACGCUAACAUGGAUAAGAUGACUUCAAUUGCAUUUCCAACUUUGGGAUGUGGAUAUCUGAACUAUCCACCCGAGGCAGUGGCUGAAACCUUGUUCCAGUGUAUUUCAGUGUUUGGAUCGGACGAAAAGCUUAAACUAACGCUGCAAGAAGUGAUCAUUGUCGUUAUCCCCGGUCGUUCUGUCGACGACACUAAGCAUUUGAAACAGGUGUUCGAAGCUGCAAGGUCAAGUAUACUGGAUUUAUCAUCGGGAACAUGCCAAGGAAAAUUGGCUAAAGAUUUUACGUCAACUUGCGUCAGGCAACUGGCGCUAAAUUCAUGUGACAAAACCCUCCACUGUGGUCACAAGUGCGGUGGAUAUCGAUAUGAAAAGGAUUGCUCACCAUGCUUGAAGGUGGGAUGUAAGGCCACCGGCAAGCAAAACGAAAAUGAUACGUGUGUGAUUUGCUACACUGAUGACCUGUCUCGCGCUCCAGUUAUAAUGAUCAAAUGUGGACACAUUUUCCAUUUGCACUGCGUUGAAAGAGUUCUUCAAAACAGAUGGGUAGGAGCAAGAAUCAACUUCAAAUUCAUGAACUGCCCUUUGUGCAAUGUUAAGAUUGACCACCCAAAGCUGAAGGUAUUACUGGAGACGCUAGGUUCUUUAGAAAACAAGGUUAACAAAGCAGCGACGGCAAGGCUGGAAGAGGAUGGCCUUACCAAAUCCAAAGAAAUAACCAACCCCGACGGACAGUAUUUCAACAACCCAGCCGGAUUUGCCACAGACAAAUUUAUCUUCUAUUCAUGUUACGCCUGCAAAAAGCCUUACUUUGCCGGUGAGGAUUCGAACGGCUGUGCAUCAGCGAUGGAGGACACUUUGGAAGAGACCAACCUUAUUUGUUCUACUUGUCUUGCAAGGAGAGCACCCAAGAAAGGAAAGGACAUACAGAAAGAAGAAAACGUGGAAUCACAGAAGAAAAUCAAAUCAACAACGAAGAAGUGUCCACAUUGUGAAGUCAACAUAGAGAAAAAUGCUGGGUGUAAUCAGAUGACGUGCUUUGUGUGUGGAACUUCCUUUUGCUGGUUGUGUGAAACAAAAUGGAAAUCCAGUUGUGGUUCGCAUCAGUUUGAUUGGACUGAAGAUUCAGAGAGUUUUGAUGAUGAUGAUGAUAGAUAUUUUUGAAGAUUCGGAGAGUUCUUUUGAUGAAAGACUGGAUAAUUUUGGAUGAAUUUGCACGUUAACGUAGACAUCCUGCUCAUCGCGCAUUCCGUUUUUAACAAAGGGUCAUGUGUCGAUGUGAUUCAACAGUAUCCAUUGAUAAAACAAAUUAUUCACAUUUGAAACUUUCAAAAUGGAACAAUUGAAUGUCAUGGAAUGUAAACGUUAUAAAACUUGUUAACAUACAUGCUUUCGGCUUAUUGAGACUAUAAUGAUAAAACGUUUAAAAACAAUUGUUAGGUUUGACUAUAUUGGUAUGUGUAAAAAUUCACUUAUCAGUGUUUAAGAGUGUGUUUUUUUAUUGACAUCGUGCUGAUCUUGUUGGCCAAUUGAUUAUCAAUUGUUUACAAUAUAUAAUAAGUGAUAUGAUUAUGUGCAACUCAUGCAAUAAUAUAAAUCAUUAAGACAAAUACUCCAUCAGCAGUAUUUAUAUAUAAAUCCACAUUUCUUUUUUCGAUGAAUUCUUGACGUUGUAAAUCAGAUGAUGCUAAGAUUAUGCCAUAUAUAGGUAAAAUAAGAAUACAGAAAUAUUUAUAAUGGGAUAUAAUCAAAAGAACAUAUACCCAUUAA